CUCUUUCCGCAUGCCCUAUGAAGAAAUCAAGACUGUCAUCCUGGAGGUGAAUGAAGCUGUGCUCACCGAGUCCAUGAUCCAGAACUUGAUCAAGCAAAUGCCAGAGCCAGAGCAGCUGAAGAUGCUCGCCGAACUGAAGGAUGAGUACAAUGACCUGGCAGAACCGGAGCAGUUUGGGGUUGUGAUUAGCUCAGUUUCUCGCCUUCGACCCCGGCUCAAUGCCAUCCUCUUCAAGCUGCAGUUCAAUGAACAGAUAGAGAACAUAAAGCCCGAGAUCGUUUCGGUGACGGCAGCUUGCGAAGAAGUGCGCAAGAGUGAGAGUUUCUCCGGCCUCCUGGAGUUCAUUCUGCUCGUGGGCAACUUCAUGAACGCCGGUUCCCGGAAUGCCGGGGCCUUUGGAUUCAACAUCAGCUUUCUCUGCAAGCUCCGAGACACGAAGUCCUCGGAUCAGAAGCUGACGCUGCUGCACUUCGUGGCUGAACAGUGUGAACAGUCCUACCCCAACCUGCUGACGUUUCCCGACGAGCUCAUCCACGUGGAGAAG